AUGACAUUACUUUUCCUUAUUUCGACAUGGUGGAUUCAAAAUGACGGUAAGGACCAGCUCGGAAUUGAAGGAGAAGACAUUAACUGGAAGUUAAAUUCAAGUUACACUGGAAAAGGCGUCAGAAUCGUCGCAAUGGGUGAUGGCGCAAGACUAGAUCAUAAAGUAUAUGCUGAUAGAGCCAAUAAAAAGCUAUUUGUUAAUAUUAUUGAAACAGUCAAUUACAAAGAACCACCGAAUUCUUCAAUUCAAUAUCAACGCGAGAAUAUUUCACAAUCAUCACUUGCUUUAGCUGCAGGAUCUGGUAUCUUCCCUGGUAUUGCUCCGGAUGCUACUGUUGGCGCGUUUUAUUUCUUUGAUAAUCAAACACAAGCUGAAGACUUACAAUAUACGAUUUGUUACAAUAGUGAUCAAUGGGAUAUAGCAAUUUUAUCAUAUCAGUACGAUUUAUGCCACGGCGGAAGAAAGUUUUGCGCUUAUCCAGAGCCUGACUCUCUUAAAGAGGAAAUGGUUGGAAAAUGCUUAUUCAAUACAAACGGAAAAACUCGUCCAAAGCUAAUAGUUGUUCCUGUUGAGCACAAUCAAGCUUCUGACGUCUUAUUUACUCCUCCCGCGAGAUGGCCACUUGUUUUCACAAUAGCAGGUGUUAACAACAGAGGAUUACCACUGGAUCAUGGAAGCGAAGGUGCCGGAGUCUUUCUUUCAUGUCCUGUUGCAGAUAGAGCUGCAAUCCCUGGCGCAGGCGUUGAAAGCGAUGAAUCAUUGACAUAUAACUUUACUACACCAAAUGCUUCAGCUGCAAUAUUCGCUGGAGGCUUGGCAGUUCUUCUGGAAGCAAAUCCAAAUUUAACAAUCCCAGAUUUACUCUUUAUUCCAGCCAUGACGGCAGAUCAAGUACAACCAGACUCACUAUUAUGGAACAAUAACUCGUUUGGUCUCAAAUUCAACAGAAGAGUCGGUUUCGGAAGAUUAAAUCUCGGAAAAGCCGUAGAAUACGCUGAACACUGGACAUCUCUUGGUAAUUUCUCAAGUAAGUCAAGUGUAUAUGAAGUAGACCUUGGAAAAGAAACGAAAACCAUGGGAGAUUCGAAGAAUUUCACUUUGAAUUUCAAUACUGGAAACGAUGACGAUACUGUUUUAUUUAUCCAAAUUGAUUUGCAGGGGGCACAACUUAGUUUCGCAUCGUUAAAUCCCCAUAUUUUGUCUCCUGAUGGAUCAGAUUUCGAAUUAAAGAUUUUGUCUGAGUCGGACAGAGAAAUGAAGGUCAAGAAUAUUCAGCUCCCUGCCUAUGCAUUCCUUGGCGAUAGAGUAAAUGGCAAUUGGACCUUGGUUUUCAACAAAAUUGACGACGCAUUUCUCGGAUUAGUCACAAAAAUCAAUAUUACUAUAUUCUACGCACAUAAUCGUCCAGACACGAACCUUAUAAACCAAACAAGAAAGGCAAAUCCCUUCAAGCCGCUUCCAUAUACAAAUGUUUUAAUUUUCCCUGACAAUCCGCCACCAAUGAUAGCAGCACAGUCUUGGGAUGUCUCAAUUAAAUUUAACGAAACAUACAAAAACUCGAAUUAUACAUUAAUGUUCUUACAAAAUGAAAAUGGAACGGAAAGAACGAAAGUCAAAGCCGAAUUCAGCAAAGAUUACAAACAAAUACAUCUUAAUUACGUUCCAUCUGUAUUUAAUCUCACAGAAUUGUACUUUGUCGUUGAAAGUUUGGAUCCAUUGUAUCCUUACACGGCAACAACGAAAGUUAGUUACAUAAACAACUUCAAAGAAGACGGAAUUUACCUUUUAGAGGCUCAUCCUGACAAUGAUUGCACUCCAAAAGGAAAUAUUUCGGAUACUCCGAUCAAAUCUGCAGAAAUUCUCUUCGAAAAUCCAUGUAUUGUCGCGUACUACGUAUUGCACCUCAAUAGAGUUACAGAUGAUGGCUACAGUUCCUCAAUUACGCAAUCAAUUAUUACAUCAGAGAACCAAGUGAUUCUGAAUAGAACAUUCAUCAGAAAUCUUGGUAUGGUUCAAUGGAAAUCCAUCGUUCCUUCAAACAGAGCCUUCAAAUUCCAACUUUCACCUUCAUCUUCAGGAAGACAUGAAAUGUUUAGCCCAAUAACCGUAGAAAUUUCGGUUAAGGAACAAUACGGACCAUACAAACCCGCAAUUUCGCCAUUCAAACUCUGGAAUUUGAUUUUCAUGAUUUGCUUGUUUGUUUUCAGUUUUAUCCUCUUGUUCAAGAUAUUUUGGACAAAAGGUAUCAAACUCGAAGGAUAUACAAACGCUGAUGAAGUCGCUCUUAUUUAA